GUAGUUGUCACGCUGUACAAGAUGGGUUUUCCUGAAGCUGCCAGUUCUUUUAGAACUCAUCAAAUUGAGGCUGCUCCAACCAGCUCCGCAGUUGAUGGAUUUAAGGCACAUCUUGUCUUUAAGGAGAUUGAGAAGAAGCUUGAAGAGGAAGGGGAGCAGUUUGUGAAGAAAAUCGGUGGUAUUUUUGCCUUCAAGGUGAAGGAUGGCCCUGGAGGUAAAGAAGCCACCUGGGUGGUGGACGUGAGGAAUGGCAAAGGAUCAGUGCUCCAUAACUCAGAUAAGAAGGCUGACUGCACAAUUACAAUGGCUGACUCGGACUUACUGGCUUUGAUGACUGGUAAAAUGAAUCCUCAGUCGGCCUUCUUUCAAGGUAAAUUGAAAAUCACUGGCAACAUGGGGCUGGCUCUGAAGUUACAAAAUCUUCAGCUUCAGCCAGGCAAAGCUAAGCUGUGAAGAACUCUCUUUGCCUACCUUUGAAAAUCAAGAUGAGAUAUAUAGAUAUAUAUCCAUAUAUUUCAUUGUCAGAACUUAGAUCGAAACUACACAUUGGCAAAUAGCUUAUUUGUUUUUAAAUGGGUGUGACCAAUCCUGUUUUUCCUAAGCUCUGGAUGAAUAAAACCUGAUGGUGUACUACUGCUUUGCUGAAUUGCAUACAACUGUGCAUUACAAAGUUAAUAUGGUAAUUAUGGUUUGGGGUAAAAUUGAGUUUUAGAAUAAAAUUAGGAAUAGCAAAAUCCAAAAACUAUGUAAACAAAAGCUCUCAUUUUGCUUAUAAAGUAUAUUUGAGGAUUAUUCUGCUGAAGAUUCAACUUAAGUUUUCCUUGGGAGAACUAGGGAAGAAACAGAAUACCAGUAGCUGCCCAGUAAUUAGUGUUGUGCACUUAAUGACCUUAAUCUGUUUUCCAUUGAUAAUUUUUAAAAUUCUGUACUGGGAUGUUUUUUUUAAAAAAUCUUUACAGUUUUGCAUUUCAUGCCAGCAAAACAGUAUUUUCUUCCCAAAUCAAAGAAAUAUGAUCAAAGCUUGGGAGAAAAAAUAUAUAGCUGAACACAG